AUGAAUCUUCCAUCGCGUCUCAGCACCUUGGCCCCCGCCCCAGCGCAAUCGAAGAUAGCCCCGCGAGGCAAUAACGCCGAGAAAAAACCUUCUCUCGCGGGCAAUGCGAAGGUCGCUAUACCCCGGCAGAACGCUGCCACCCCCCGGUACAGUCGGCGUGUACCGUUGGCGUGCGUAUCGUGUCGUCAAAGGAAGACGAAGUGUAGUGGCGAUACCCCCGUUUGUCGACAGUGCAAGGAGUUGAGGAUUGGUUGUCAGUAUCCUGUUUCCUGGCGGGAAAGGACUAAAGGGCAGAUCAACAACCUUGCCUCUCAGGCUACGGAUUAUGAAAAUUUGUUGAAGGAUAUUGGCACUUUUGUGGACGGUCGAACUGCUGAGCGUAUCAAAGGGAUGUUGGACAAGUACUCUGCCACUACUGGAAGCCCAUCAGGUAGUUCCCAGUGUCAGUCCGUUACGCCGCAGGAUGAAGACAACGAUGAUGUCGAGAGUUUACCCUCGUCGAUCGGUUCCUUGGAAGCCAUCGAUCGCGUGGAAGAGGAUAUCAAUCGAAACCCAGAUUCGAGAGCCACGGGCUAUAUGGGGAAGAACUCCGAAGUCACUUGGUUACAGAGGCUUCGGAAAGAGACGGAGCAACGCUCUCAGAACCUGCCUGGGACCUACGAGGGUCCGCACGAGGGGGAAUUUUCCAUCCAUGCCCUGAAUUACCACCUCGACGACUUGGACGUCUCUGUCCCCGGUCCGGUGCAGGUUUACAAGAUGCCACCGCACCAGGUGGCCGACAAGCUCUUCGAGGACUAUCUCACCACCGUCCACCCGUUCUUUCCCAUCAUCAGUCGCACGCUGUUUGCCUCCCAGUACAAGACCUUCUUUGACUCGGCCGCUCGUCCCGGAGACAAGUGGCUGGCCAUCUUGAAUCUGAUCUUUGCCAUCUCUGCGCGACACGCCCACUUGAUCCAGGCUCCGUGGCGCGGUGAGCCGGACGACCAUCUGGUCUAUCUGACCCGUGCGCGGAUCUUGAGUAUGAACGGGGAUGUGCUCUUUAGCCAUCCGGACCUGCAACAGGUCCAAGUUGAGGGCUUGCUUGCAUAUUACUUACUAGCGACGGAUCAGAUUAACCGGGCUUGGAGAAUCGAAGCACUGGCUGUGCGGUCUGCGAUCACUCUCGGACUCAACAUGAAGAACACUAGUGAGCAAACGUCAAGCAUCUCUAAAGAAGCACGCUACCGGGUGUGGUGGUCUCUUUACACCUUUGAGCACAUGCUCGGCAUCAUGACUGGCCGCGCCUCAUGUAUCCAGGACGGCAUCUGCACGACCCCCUAUCCUCUACCGUUCGAAGAGGAACGGCUCGCGGAGCCGCCGGCGACGAAAGUCCUCACCGACGGGGACGCACGAGCAGACUUGAUCGACAACGCGGUGUCAAGUGCUCAUGUCCGGCACGUCCCGCUCAAUCCCCGAGGCGGCAAAGAUGCCAAACACACGGAUAAGGAGCGCGAUACCUCGUGGCUGAGAAAUCUCCCGCCAUGCAACGCCAUGGGUUUCAUGUACUACGUCGACCUCUCGGUCAUUGUGCAGGAGAUCGUCAACCGUGUCUAUUCCCUGGACUGCGCCGUGACCCCGUGGGCACACAUUGAAAAUCGAAUGGGUGAGCUGCGAUCGCGCAUCGAUCUGUGGCAUUCGAACCUCCCAGAAGCGUACGACUUCGCUCGCAGGGACGAACACCGGGUCGAUCUCCUCCGCAGCAAGCUCUUCCUCGGCUUCCACUACUAUAGCGCCCGGAUCACCCUAGGUCGUCCAUGUCUAUGUCGCCGAGACGCGCACCACGCGGGGUCCCCCGACAAGCCACCGUCAUUCAGCCAUGAGAUGGCGGUAACUACAUUAACCGCAGCACGCAUGAUGCUCGAUCUAAUCCCCGACACGCCCGACCCCCUUCGUCUAUACCAGAUCUCCCCAUGGUGGUGCAUCCUGCAUUACCUCAUGCAAGCUGCAACCGUUCUCCUCCUCGAGUUGUCCUUCGCGUGCAUCCACAUGCCCGACCACGAAAACACCUUCCUGCUCCUGAGCAAGAAGGCCAUCCGCUGGCUGUUCGCCAUGGCCGAUUACGGCCUCGCCUCUCGUCGCGCCUGGGAGCUCUGCGAUAGUAACUUCCGCCGCAUCGCCCAGGGUAUGAACUACGAUGUCAGCGACCUUCCAACAUCGCAUUACGCUUUUACUUCGGGCGAUAUACCGACCGACUCGUUGAACUCGGGCCAGACGAGCGGAUUUGGCCCCGCGCCCCUGCUUUAUGAUUUCAUUCAGCAACAGCAGCAGCAGCAACAGCAACAGCAACAGCAACAGCAUAAUCAACAACUCCCGCAGGACAGUUUCCCUGCCACUACCGACCAGAUCCGCCCUCCGUAUACUGGUGCUCCCACCGCAGACGGAAUGCCCUCAAGUCUGCCUAUCUCUCCUGGUAAUGAUGCCUACUUCCCGUAUGAUCCCAUCUGCGGCGAGUUUAUCAGGUCGUUCUUCCCUGCGUCGCAGGAUGAGGAUUAUUGGAGUCAUCCGCAGGGUUGA